GUGAUAAUCGUGAUCGUGAAAACGUGAAUCUUAAUUAAAAAUAUACUUGUUUUAAAAUUCUGGACCUGUAAAGGUUUGUUGGAAUUUUAUUACGUCGCAAGGAGACGCGAUCACUGGUAAAUUCGUUAAUCGCUUCCGUGAAUUCUUUGUACGUUCGUUUUAAGUUAAGUAAUCUGUCGCCAUUUUGUGUGAAGUCGUUGAGGAUUAUUGUAUCGUCAUUCGUCUGUGAAUAUAACCACAUGAAUUAGAUUAUCUUACGAGAUGGCUGAGAAUACAUCAAAGGAUCCUCCUUUACAAACGAUGAAUGGUAUGCCACCAAAUCAUAAUCCUUGGAUGUAUGGUCUGUAUCAGCAAUACAACGGCUAUAAUGGUGGUGUGUACCCGCCUUAUUACAACCAGUACUUCAAUCAAAUGGGUCAUAAUCCGGGUCUGGCUAAUAAUGCAGUCCACCAGUUUCAACAAAAUAACGACGUGAAGCCGGAUUUUGGCCGUCAGCAGCAAUUUCCGCUUAAGACACCUGCCCAACCAACUCCUUUGUUGGGCAUGUCACCUCUUGACACAAGUCGUCCUUUCUUCAAUCAAUCUCCCAUCAGGUUUAACCUGAAUGGUAACCGGAAAACUGCACCCAUCCCUCCUAAUGAAAACCCUCUUCUGGGUAACAACGGAGGAUCAAAGAAAAAACGGAAGAAGGAUAAUAGACUAAAUUAUGAUAGCAUUGAUGCUUUUCCGAGUUCAAUGCUACCUCCUCUGCCAGACCAUCCUCCCCCACUACCACCUUGUCCUCCACCAGAUACUCCUAAGCCACCUCCUCCUCCACCAUUAGAUAUUCCUAUGCCUCCUCCCCUUCUCACUGAUGACAUCCCUGAGCCAGCAGGUGAACCACAAAAUCAUUCUGAACCAUUUAAGCAUCAGGAACCCGAUCAAGAGGAAGUAUCUGAAACUUCAGAUUUAUUAAAGUCCUCUUCUAUUUGUCAGUCUUCAGCAGGAUCAUGGCCAGAAAGCCUGGAGAGAUAUAUCAAAAGAUGCUAUGAGAAAUGCAAAUCAGGCCUUGACCGUGACCAAAUAGAUAUUUGCUUGAAGGGCCGUAUCACUGCAGCAGCUAAUAAGGAUGAGAUUUGGUCUAGGAAUUGGGACGAAGAGCCAAUUCCUAGUGUGCACAGUGAACGCAAUAACUUAUCUGUUAAGCCGGUUCAUGGUACAUUAUCACUGUAUCAAAAACUUGAAAAUGUACCUGAACCAACUAAGGGAAAAUCUAGCUUGGGGGGACGUUUUUCGGGUCAUAAAAAUUCGCCUCAAAGAAGGCGACGACAACAUUCUAGGAGUAGGUCUAGAUCUAGGAGCCCAUCUAGGAAAAGACACAGUACAUCUUCUGCAUCAGGUGAUGAGGUAGAGGAAAAAAGAAACUAUAAGGGUAAAUCCCGACAAAAAAUUAAGGAUAGGUUGUCAUUUGAUCAUAAGAAACAGGAAAAAAAUAAUAAAAAUCAAAAAAAGAAACAAGCUUGUGGCCAGUUUCUUGUUGAAGAUGUUCAAGUAAAUGCUGAAAAACUUCUUAAAAGGGCAGAAAGGUUUGGAAAUACUAGUGUGCCAUCCAUUGCUAGCUCUGUACAGGUAAGUUCUAGGAGAGCAGAGCCGUCUGUCAACCGAUCCAUCAUCCAGGACAAUGAAGGAGACUAUGAAAUCAAUAACAUGCAUAUUGUGGGGACCUGCACAGAUAUUGAGAAAUCAUUCCUGAGAUUAACAAAAGCCCCUGAGGCCUGUGAAGUGAGACCAGUAUCUGUGUUAAGGACUUCUUUAAAAAAUGUGAAAGAGCGGUGGAUAGAUAAACAGGACUACAGAUAUGCUUGUGAUCAAUUGAAAUCAAUACGACAGGAUUUAACGGUACAAGGAGUAAGAGAUGGAUUUACAAUUGAAGUGUAUGAGACACAUGCAAGGAUAGCAUUAGAAAAGGGUGACCAUGAAGAGUUUAAUCAGUGUCAAACACAGCUCAAAAUGCUCUACAGUGAAUUACCCAACUGUAGAAAUAAUGCUCCUGAAUUCACAGCAUACCGGAUACUGUAUUACAUCUUCACUAAAAACACCUUAGAUUUAACUACAAUAUUCCAGUUUCUCUCAAAGGAGGACAGGUUGAAUGAAUGUGUUAAACAUGCCUUAGACACCAGAUGUGCAUGGGCCACUGGAAACCUACACAAGUUCUUCUUGCUCUACAAAACAGCACCUUUGAUGGCUGGGUACCUCAUGGACUGGUUUGUGGAGAGAGAAAGGAAGCAGUAUCUCAAAUACAUCAUCAAGUCCUACAGACAAAGCGUUCCUGUGGAUUUCAUCGUUCGGGAGCUGGCGUUUGAGUCGAGUUCCAAGGCCUUUGAGUUCUUGAAUCAAUUUUCUCUCAUUUACACUGACUGCGAUCAGACUCAAAUAGAUUGCAAGUCUAGCUUUCAAACUGUAGCGAGUAUAUAACAUUUUGUUUUUGAUAGCCGUCCUGUACUGAUAGCGUGCUCCUGCGUGGUGAUGUAGUCCAUACCCACCUGGCGAAGGAGUUCAGCACGGCGGAUGUAAUCCUGAAUCAUGUUAUUCACCUUAAUUUUGAUCAGCUUUACUAGGAUGAGGCGGCAAAACAACUCACACACUACUUUAGUUAUACAGCAGAAGAGAGAUGAACUCAAGAUUCAAGAUGAGGACCUACAUCGCUAUGAAGAUUCAA